AUGUUCGGCGCGAGGCCAGAGGCUCUGGUGCUGCUGGGCGCCCUGCUGACCGGCCCUCUGGCCCCAGCGGGCUUCCGGCUGCAGCGCCUGGUCCCGGCCAAUUACGCGGACGGCGUGUACCAGGCCCUGGGGGAGCCUCUGCUGCCCAACCCGCGCCAGCUCAGCAACGCCGUCUCGCAGGGGGCAGCCGGGCAGCCUUCGGGACGCAACCGCACGGUGCUCGGGCUCUUCUUUGGCUACCACCUGCUCUCAGACGUGGUGAGCACCGAUCGGCCUGGCUGCCCCGCCGAGUUCCUCAACAUCCGCAUCCCGCCCGGAGACCCAGUGUUCGACCCCGACCGCCGCGGGGACGUGGUGCUGCCCUUCCAGAGGAGCCGCUGGGACCCCGAGACCGGACAGAGCCCCAGCAACCCCCGGGACCUGGAGCUGUUCCAGCACGCGCGCAAGAGGGUCGUCGCCACCUACCAGAACAUUGCUCUGUACGAGUGGCUGCCCAGCUUCCUGCAGCUAACGCCUUCAGAGUAUAAAGGGUACCGCCCUUUCCAGGACCCCAGCAUCUCCCCCGAGUUCCUGGCGGCCUCGGAGCAGUUUUUCUCCACCAUGGUGCCCCCGGGAGUCUAUAUGAGAAAUGCCAGUUGUCACUUCCAGAAAGUCUGGAGCAAGGAUUUUGACAACUCCACGGCUCUCAGGGUUUGCAACAGCUACUGGAUUCGAGAGAAUCCCAACCUGGGCAGUGCCGAGGCGGUGAAUCACCUGCUGCUGGGGAUGGCCUCUCAGAUCUCGGAGCUGGAGGACAGGAUAGUGGUUGAAGACCUGAGGGAUUACUGGCCUGGCCCUGGCAAGUUCUCUCGCACAGACUAUGUGGCCAGCAGCAUCCAGCGGGGCAGAGACAUGGGGCUGCCCAGCUAUAACCAGGCUCUGAUGGCCUUCGGCUUAAACACCCCGAACAACUGGAGUGAGCUCAGUCCCCACGUGGAGCCCCAGGUGCUGGAGGCCACAGCCGCGCUCUAUAAUCAGGACCUGUCCCGGCUGGAGCUGCUCCCAGGGGGGCUCCUGGAGAGCCACGGGGGGCCCGGACCCCUCUUCACUGCCAUUGUCCUGGACCAGUUUGUGCGACUGCGGGACGGCGACCGCUACUGGUUUGAGAAUACCAGGAAUGGGCUGUUCUCCGAGGAGGAGAUUGCCGAGAUCAGGAACACCACCCUGCGGGACGUGCUAGUGGCGGUCACCAACGUGGACCCCAGCGCCUUGCAGCCCAGCGUCUUCGUCUGGCACGAGGGUGCACCCUGCCCUCAGCCCGAGCAGCUCACGACCAGAGGCCUGCCCGCCUGUGUGCCCCUGACCGUGGUGGACUACUUUGAGGGCAGCGGUCCUGGAUUUGGAAUCACCCUUGUAGCUCUCUGCUUGCUUCCCUUAGUGAGUCUACUCAUCGCGGCCGUGGUGGCCUAUUUCCGGGGCCGAGAGCGCAAGAAGCUACUGAAGAAAGGCAAAGAGAGCAUGCGGAAGAACUCGGCCAAGGAUGGGGUGCCAGCGAUGGAGUGGCCGGGCCCCAAGGAGAAGAGCUAUCCCAUCAUCAUCCAGCUCGUCGCAGACAGGGGUCUGCAGGUCCUGGACAGGCAGCUCGUCGUGCUCCGCAUCAUCCAGCUACGGCCCGCUCAGCAGGUCAACCUCAUCCUGUCCAGCGACCGUGGGUGCCGCGCCCUGCUGCUCAAGAUCCCCAAGGAGUAUGACCUGGUGCUGCUGUUCAACUGUGAGGCGGAGCGGGCCACCUUUGUGCAGCACCUGCGGGACUCCUGCCGCAGCUGGGGCUUGGACAUCCACAUGGCCGCGGUAGACGAGAAGGAGCUGUUCAGGAAGGCGGUGACCAAGCAGCAGCGGGGACGCAUCCUUGAGAUAUUCUUCCGGCACCUUUUUGCCCAGGUGCUGGACAUUAACCAGGCAGAUGCAGGGUCCCUGCCCCUGGACUCCUCACAGAAGGUGCGGGAGGCCCUGUCGUGCGAGCUGAGCAGGGCCGAGUUUGCCGAGUCUCUGGGCCUCAAGCCUCAGGACAUGUUUGUGGAGUCCAUGUUCUCUCUGGCCGACAAGGAUGGCAACGGGUACCUGUCCUUCCGGGAGUUCCUGGACAUCCUGGUGGUCUUCAUGAAAGGCUCCCCUGAGGAUAAGUCCCGCCUGAUGUUCACCAUGUAUGACCUUGAUGAGAACGGCUUUCUCUCCAAGCAAGAAUUCUUCACCAUGAUGGGCUCCUUCAUCGAGAUCUCCAACAACUGCCUGACCAAGGCCCAGCUGGCCGAGGUGGUGGAGUCCAUGUUCCGGGAGGCAGGCUUCGAGGACAAGGAGGAGCUGACGUGGGAGGACUUCCACUUCAUGCUGAGGGACCAUGACAGCGAGCUUCGCCACACGCAGCUCUGCGUCAAAGGUGGAGGUGGAGGGGGAACAGGUGUCCGAGACAUUUUGAAACAAAACAUCAACUCCCGAGUCUCAUUUAUCUCUCGGACGCCCAAGGAAAGCUCCUAUGCCAACGGACUGGGCCUUCCUGCCUUAGAAGCUCCUGAGCUAGGAGGCUCUGGGCUGAAGAAGAGGUUUGGCAAAAAGCCGGCGGGGCCCCCUCCCAGACUGUACACGGAGGCGCUGCGGGAGAGGAUGCAGCGGGGCCUGCUAGCCCAGAAGCUGCAGCAGUACAAGCGCUUCGUGGAGAACUACCUGCGGCACAUCGUGUGCGUCGCCGUCUUCUCGGCCGUCUGCGCGGGCCUGUUCGCAGAGCGGGCUUACUACUACGCCUUCACCUCGCCAUCUUCGGGCAUAUCCGAGACCACCUUUGUGGGCAUCAUCCUGUCGCGGGGCUCGGCGGCCAGCAUCUCCUUCAUGUUCUCCUACAUCCUGCUCACCAUGUGCCGCAACCUCAUCACCUUCCUGCGGGAGACCUUCCUCAACCGCUACGUGCCCUUUGACGCCGCCGUGGACUUCCACCGGUGGAUCGCCAUGGCGGCUGUUGUCCUGGCCAUCUUGCACAGUGCUGGCCACGUGGUCAAUGUCUACAUCUUCUCGGUCAGCCCCCUCAGCCUGCUCGCCUGCAUCUUCCCCAUCGUCUUUGUCAAUGAUGGGUCCCUGCUUCCCCAGAAGUUCUACUGGUGGUUCUUCCAGACGGUUCCAGGCAUGACGGGGGUGCUCCUGCUCCUGGUGCUGGCCAUCAUGUACGUCUUCGCCUCUCAUCACUUCCGCCGCCGCAGCUUCCGGGGCUUCUGGCUCACCCACCACCUCUACAUCCUGCUCUACAUCCUGAUCAUCAUCCACGGCAGCUUGGCACUGGUUCAGAUGCCCCGAUUCCACAUCUUCUUCCUGGUCCCGGCCCUCAUCUACGCGGGGGACAAGCUGGUGAGCCUGAGCCGGAAGAAGGUGGAGAUCAGCGUGGUGAAGGCAGAGCUGCUGCCGUCAGGAGUGACCCACCUGCGGUUCCAGCGGCCCCAAGGCUUUGAGUACAAGUCAGGGCAGUGGGUGCGGAUCGCCUGCCUGGCCCUGGGCACCACCGAGUACCACCCCUUCACGCUCACCUCCGCCCCCCACGAGGACACACUCAGCCUGCACAUCCGGGCCGCGGGGCCCUGGACCACCCGCCUCAGGGAGAUCUACUCACCCCCAACGGGCGGUGGCAGUGCCAGAUACCCAAAGCUGUACCUCGAUGGCCCAUUUGGAGAGGGCCACCAGGAGUGGCACAAGUUUGAGGUGUCCGUGCUGGUGGGAGGGGGCAUUGGGGUCACCCCCUUUGCGUCCAUUCUCAAAGACCUGGUCUUCAAGUCCUCUCUGGGCAGCCAAAUGCUCUGUAAGAAGAUCUACUUCAUCUGGGUGACGCGGACGCAGCGGCAGUUCGAGUGGCUGGCCGACAUCAUCCGGGAGGUGGAGGAGAAUGACCGCCAGGACCUGGUGUCGGUGCACAUCUACAUCACGCAGCUGGCCGAGAAGUUCGACCUCAGGACCACCAUGCUGUACAUCUGUGAGCGGCACUUCCAGAAGGUGCUGAACCGGAGUCUGUUCACGGGCCUGCACUCCAUCACGCACUUUGGCCGCCCCCCCUUUGAACGCUUCUUCAACUCCCUGCAGGAGGUCCACCCCCAGGUGCGGAAGGUUGGGGUGUUCAGCUGCGGCCCUCCUGGCAUGACCAAGAAUGUCGAGAAGGCCUGCCAGCUCAUCAACCGGCAGGACCAGGUCCACUUCAUGCACCACUUUGAGAACUUCUGA